AUGGCCGCUGCAAGACCUAAUGUUUCCGAGGACCUCGUCUGGGAGGUUGUUCGCUCCCAGAACGCCUAUCUGGUCAACCGCAAGAGUGGUGGUGGUGUCAGAUUCUCCCGCGAUCCCUUAAAUUUGACCAACAUCCACAGCCGCAAGAACUCUGGUUUCUCCAAUAACAAAGCUAUCGGAAUCCAAACUGCGGACAACAACGGUCUUACCAUCACCACCAAGAAGGCUGGCAAUGCUAACCAGCCGGCCAAGCACCUCGCAAACACCCCCAUCUCCGGUACCAGCCACAACCGCAAGGUCUACAAGGGUGUUGCCAACCGCGCCACUCUCGGUGGUUACCGCGCAGACCUCCGCGCAGACGCUGUUGCCCGUGCCAGUGCCCUCAGACGCUCCCAGCGCCCAAAGAAGGAUACGCCCGAGCGAAAGCCACGAGGCGUAAAGGCCCGCAAGGCCGCUGAGAAGGAGGAAUAA